UAGCUGAAUAUUUAUAGAGUCCAUUUUUAUUUAAUUUCCCUGGUCAAUAUUUUGGCUACAGCAUAAAUGACAGAAUGAACUGAAGCGAAAUUUGCUGGGAAGUAGAAUAUCGCGCGGUCCAUCUCAAGUCACUUCCGCUACAACAUGCCUGCCUCAGAAACGGCAGAAACAGCAGAACUACAGAGGAUGAUUGCUAUCGAGCAACAGAAAGCCCAAUUUCAGGCACAGGUACACAACUUCACAGAUGUGUGCUGGGACAAAUGUGUGGAAAAGCCAGGCUCCAAGCUGGAUGCUCGGACCGAGACGUGCCUUGCGAACUGCGUGGAGCGCUUCAUCGACACGACCCUCAUCAUCACCAACCGCUUCGCUCAGAUGGUGCAGAAGGGCGUCCAUUGAUGAGAAUCCCUACGAUAAGAUUCAUGGGCUUAGACAGCUUUCAUCACGUCAUGUGAUGUGAGGGGCGAACAAUGAUUACGAUUAAUUUAUUCUUCUAGUCCCUCAGUCCGUCUUAUUGUCCUGGAAUUUAUUUAAUGUUUUUUGUCGUAUUCCAGUUUCUCUUUUAAAUGGAUUUAAAAAUUGUAACCGGGUAUUUCAAUAGAAAUAAAACAAACUUCUUAGGUCGAAAA